AUGGUGCUGAAGAUCUUCUUCCCUCAGUGCUGUAACCGGGCCGACAGCGGGCUGCUGGUCGGCCGCUGGAUCUCCGGCCACGACUCGGCCGUGGUGCUGGCGGUGAUCCACUACCCCUUCAUCCCCGGACAGGUCAAACAGUACGUCCAGCAGAUGCAGGCCCAGAGCGGGGUGGAGCUGUCGGUGCUGGGCUCCUGGAGUUUACCCAAAGAGGGCCAGGAGGGCAUGGAGAGCUUCCUGAGGGACCUCAGCACCAUCUUCCCCCAGCAGCGCUGGCUCCAGAUCAGGCGCCAGAUGGGGAAGACGGGCUUCACCUGCGAGGUCCUCAACCGGGAUCAGAAUGGAAUAGCAGCUCAGCGGACAGUUAAAAAGGAGAAAAAGGAGGAAGAGGAGGAUGGUGAUGGUGAUGCAGAAGAGAAGGAGGAGGAGGAGGAGGAGGAGGAGGAGAAGGUGAUCUUCGUCCACUACGAGCAGAGGAAGGUGAUGCUGUCGCAGCUUCAUCCCAUAGAGAGUGGAGACGCCAAAACUGAUCCACCGUCCGAGCUGAGACAGGUGUUCCAGACGGUGGCCCUCAGCCAGCCUCUGUUCUUCCUGGACAAAUACGACGACGGACCCCUGAAGUCGACUCACUGGCAGUCUGAAGGCCGGGAGGCCAGCAUCAUCGUGGAGCUUCUCAAACAGGCGUCGGUGCCGCUCUGCCUGCUGCUCAGCUGGUUGCUCUCAGUGUGGACGUGGAUCUGCAGCGUCCGGAUCUUUAAUUUUUACCCGCUGAGGUUUUUGUCCACCAAACUGUCCACAUGUGUCCAGCUGAGCUACAGAACCGAACACAUGAAGACGCUGAGUUCACCGAAACCAGCCGCUAGUCACACGCAGUUCAUGAGAAAAGCCAACAUGUUGGUGUCGGUGCUGGUGGACGUGGCGCUCGGCGUUCUGUUGAUGUUGUGGCUCUACAGAGACGAUCACAUCACCAUGUUGGCAAACACUCUGGUUCCUGCAGCUGAUCACGUGGCUAAAGAGCUGGAUCAACUGCUGCAGUGGCUGAUGGGAGCUCCGGCGGGGCUGAAGAUGAACCGAGCUCUGGACCAGGUUCUGGGCCGCUUCUUCCUCUACCACAUCCACCUCUGGAUCAGUUACAUCCACCUGAUGUCUCCGUUCAUCGAGGGCAUCCUCUGGUACGGAGGUCUGUCGGCCUGCCUCGGCCUCAGCUUCGCCCUCUCUCUGCUGUCUGACAUGGUGGCUCUGUUCACCUUCCACAUCUACUGCUUCUACGUCUACGGAGCCAGGUUGUACUGUCUGAAGAUCUACGGACUCUCGUCUCUCUGGAGGCUCUUCAGGGGGAAGAAGUGGAACGUUCUCCGGCAGAGAGUGGACUCCUGCUCCUACGACCUGGACCAGCUCUUCAUUGGAACUCUGCUGUUCACCAUCCUGCUGUUCCUGCUGCCCACCACAGCACUCUACUACCUGGUCUUCACUCUGCUUCGGUUGGUGGUGGUGCUGUUCCAGGGCGUCCUCCAUCUCAGCGUGGAUUUCAUCAACUCCUUCCCGCUGUUCGCCGUCGGCCUUCGCAUCUGUCGGUCCUACAGACUGGCAGAGGGAGUAAAGUUCAGGGUGCUCUGUGACGAGCCUGGCGUCGCUCUUCACCUGCUGAUGGAGAUUAACCCUCUGAAGGUCAGUACGGUGGUCCAGACCUACCAGACUCCGACCUACAGCUGCUACCCCAGAGACUCGUGGCUCGCCCUGGUCAAGAAGCUGUUCGUUGGGGAGCUCAUCUACCCCUGGAGGCACAAAACCACCAAAGCCGACUGAGAUCCAGAAGCGUGGACGGAGGGAGGAAAGGGAAGAGACAGAAUAGGAGACUUUUAACAUGCGCUGCUGUCGUGUUUCGAUGGGAAGAGCGUCGGCCGAAGCUGCCAGGUCGUCACAUUUGUAGAUUUCUGAUCAACUUGAAGGCGAACGGUGAAUAUGAGCAACCAGAAACCCGGAAACCAGCAAGUAGCCACGUCCUGCUGUCGUGUUUUAGGAGCUGCGAUCAUAAAACGACUUUCAGGACGCAGAGAAAUAAUAUUAAAUCUAAUAUUACUCAAUUUUUUUUGUUAAUAUUUAACAAAAAAUGUGAACACUCCUCAUGUUUCCCAAAGGAGAUGACUGCAGCAACAAGAAACAACAAGGGACCAAAAUCUCUGUGUGCUUAAAUAAAUGAUGAAUCUGCCAUAAAUCUGAAUUAUAUUAUCACUUGAAAGGUUUUUUUUAAAGCACAGCUGCAUCCCCGAAAAAGAAGUCACGUUUUUUUUUGUCUUAAAGUGAGUAAAAGCUACAGAACAACCUGAUUUCUAAAACAUUUUAUUCCAAAAAGAGAGAUUUAGAUUUUUUUAUGGUAUUUUCUGAUAUUUCUCAGUGAUAAAAAGAAAGAAAACUCCUAUUUUGAAGCUGGUUUUAUCCAGUGUUCAGAUUUCUGUCCUGGAAAUGAAUGCAAAUGAGCUUAUUAUUGGAUAUAUAUAAUACACAAUUUAAAUAUUUAUACCUAAAACUUUAGCAGACUUGUAAUGCAUUAAGUAAUUUUCUUAUUAGAAAUAAUCAAUUGGAGCAGUUUUAUAUCUAUUAGUUCAAAUUUGUAGCUUCUAGUUUUAUUCCCAUCUAUAUUUAAAGGUUUUUACAAAGGAUUCAGUUUAUUUAGACAACAUUUUACUCCUGAAAACGUGCUAAAAACAGACUUUUCUGACUAUGGACAGUAUUUUAUGAUUUGAAAAGGGCUAAAAAGAGAAAAACAAAAUCCUCUGUGUGUCAUCAGGUGACUGCAGCCACAAAAAUCUAAGGACCAAAACGAUUCCUGUUUGAAUGUUGGUCACAAACAUACAGAUAAAUGAUGAAUCUGAUCAAAUUUGAACAUUAUUUUACAACACGACAUUUUAAAAGCUGUUGUGCAUCCCACAGUAACAAAUUUAUUUAUUUUUUGUCUGAAUCUAAUUAAAAUCUCCACCAAUUAGCUCAUUUACUCUCAACCCCAGCCAAACCUUCAGGACAAACUUUAGAUUUUUAGUGUUAUUAUUGCUAAAUCUGUAAGAAAAACCAUGUCUUAUGCUGCCCAUGUGUUUUUGGAUGUCUUAAGGAAAAUCAGGACACAGCUGACAAUUUAGGGAUAACAUGAUGCUAAAGGGUCAAUUAACACAGAAUUCAUUAAAUAUGUCGCUGCAUCCCCUCAGACUUUGUUCCAUUUUUUUUUAGAUAUUUAGAUUCAAUGUUGAUGAUGACUCAAACAUAAACUGGCGUUCGUAGACGUCUAGAUGUUGGUGCUUUAUGGUUUUCAAGAGUGAAAUUGCAAAAAUUCCCAGGUUUAAAAACAUGAAAUCCUCAUAAUUUAGCCAAAAUAUUUUACGGGACUUAAUUUUGGGUCACAAAUAACAACUUAAUGAACAAAAUCUAUGACGGAGCAGCAACAUUUUCAACUGAAAUAACAGACUGAUCCUAAAGGCUAAACGUACAGGAGCACACUCCUACUUACUCAUGUUUUUGUCUUUAUUUUUACCAUCGUGUUACUAAACAAGGUGUGAACAACAAGUUCUGUGACAGCACCUUUAAAAUAUUAAAAUGAAAUUCUCAUUGUGCGGUGAUGCUCUGCGCCCAGUGCUCCUGCAACACUCCCUAAUAUGUAAACUCCAUCUGCAAUGAGCCGAAUCAAAAAACUAAACCAGAAUGAGACAAAUCCAGAGCGACGAUUGUGUUGUUGUGGCUAAUAAACAACCCAACAUGUUUGCGACGCUGCAGUUAACGUUGUCAGAACGUUCAGAUGCUACAGGACGUUAGAACUCUGCUUUGAAAACGGCGAGCAUGCUCCGGACGUUUCCCUGUUAAGCUGCUGUUUCUUCUCCUGAUGGUAGCCGCAGACCCCCCUCUGGUCACCAUGACGAUCCUCCACAGGAAGCUUGGAUCAUCCAGCUGCUGGAAACGUUUAAAAUUACUAAUAUGCAGCUGCUGGUGGUGUCAAAAACAUCUGUAGCACUGGUCCAGAUGUUGAAAAUCAUGUCGUCUCCUGACAUGUAGCCCGAUCAACUUCCUGAUUCCCCGUCGCACUAACCGAGGUUACAGUGAAGCUCUGCUAAUUACAUACUUUAGAUGCACUGAUUGUGUAAAUAGUUAAAAUCCUUGAUGAUUUAUUACACAUUUAACUGAGUUCAAAUUACAGCAACUGAACAAACUUUUUUUACCUAUGUUUUUUGCAUUUUUUUUUAAUGAUUAGUGUUGUAUUUUUGCUGCCAUAUUCCCUCCAAACACUGGAACCAGAAGUAUUAUCAGGGGUGAAAAUCUUCUUCUGCUCUGCUUUUGUCUGUUUUACUUAAUGUGCCUAAUCUUCAAUAAAUGCUAAUAUUCAACCAACUCUUGUUAAAAAUCCAGCUUCAAACAAUCCAGCAGUUUUAGUUGUGAGGAGCGAGGCUAGCAGUUUCACUUUGUUUCCAGUCUUUAUGCUAAGCUAAGCUAAUCGCGUCACGGACUGUUUUCUGCUCCUUUAAUGUGAAUUAUUCCUCUUUUGUUUCACCUUCAUCCUCCUUGCCUCCCUUUUAGCCUCAUUUGUACUGAUUUGUAAAUGUUAAAUAAGUAAAGGUGCAGUCUUGUUUGUAAUUUAAUUUCAUUUAAGUGGCGUUUUUUCAUGAGAUCUGAUCAUUAACAAAUAAAACAAAUCCAGUAUAAUCUUGA